GCCCUUCAGCGAUACAUCAAUACCCCCUCUUCGGUAAACUUUAAUUUCCUCAUGCAAUGUUCAUGGGAAGCAUCUGCAGUUACUUUCCAAUUCGCGUUGAGCAAUGGCGGUCCAGCCUCCAUCGUCUAUGGCAGCAUCUUCGCAUGGGCUGGAACAAUAUUAGUGGCCCUGUCACUCGCUGAAAUGUCAUCCAUGGAUCCUACGGUCGGCGCUCAGUAUAGGUGGUCUACUACUUUUGCACCGAAGUGGAACCGCUUCUUCGGUUUGAUGCAAGGGUGGAUUACGGUUUUCGCCUGGGUCUGUAGCUGUGCUUCUAAUCCAGCGUUGAUAGCGAACAUUGUCGUCGGUUUGGCUUCCUUUAACAACCAGGGAUACGUCUCCCAG